AUGUUCCUUUAUUUAUGCGUUUGUUUUAAUGAAUAUACCGCUCGGGGUAGAGAUGACGGCAUCCGCAAUAUUACGGUGUGUCUAACGAGAGAUAAAAAAAUAACCAUUCGUUACAUACCGUGUAUUGAAAGCGCCGCUACAUUAAUAGUCGUUAACAACAGUGCGUUAAAUGUAAAUCACAAAAUGGUGAAGAAUGAAGAAAAUGAAUUAGUGGUGAAGAAAAAGGUGCCUGUUGUUCAAUGGGAUUAUUAUGGAUUAAACAAUUCGUGUUUUGGGCCCUCAUUUGUGGACUUUAAAUAUGUUUUGGGAACAACAUUAAGUUGGAUCUCAUUAUUUCCGAUGUUAGAGUCUAGAAUUGGCUACCUAUACAAAUACCUGAACCGGCAAAUAACCUUGAUAAUCUUCAUAAGCCUAAUGGGCUUUUCGACUUCAUUGUUGCCAUUCUCACAAACUCUAUCACAAUUUUAUACGUGUGUGUUUGGGUACGGCUUGGGCUCUGGCGUGUGGUUCAGCGCAUAUAACGUGUGGGUGAUUGAGAUAUGGCAGCAAAACAGCGCACCC